CGAGCGACGUGUCGAAUUAAAUCACUCUGCGCCAUUGUAACGUCAUUACUAAAUUUCUAAAUCGAAAGGGGACAUAAGUGUGCAACGAACUACUUCGAGUAUGUCGAGUGUGAGUUCGGCACGCGUGCAACCACCGACGAAAGUGCAGAAGAGUAACGAGCCAUUGGCAACCGAAGAACAGGCAUAAUGGCAAUGGCUGUCGAGAAAAAUUUAACAUCCACGGUAGAAAAUAAAAAUAAAAGUUCACCUAUCCAGCAGGAAAAUUUCUCCAGUGAAAAGCAACAACAGCAAAAUGCUUUAGGAGACUCUACUACAGAAACACCAACUAAUUCAACUCGUCGUUUGACUAUGAAAGUAACGAAUAAAAAGCCACUCAGUUCGAUAUCAAUGAUGAAGCAGGCACGCGAUCUUGAAAAUCAAUACUAUGUAAAAAAGAAGCGUUUUGUGUUGCUGAAGAGACAACUCGUGCAAAAACAAAAAACCACACAAGAUUUAUACGAAGAUAUAUCUCAAUUGCGUGACAAGAUGAUACUCAAUGGUGUAAAGGAUCCUGGGAGAUUGGAAGAACUUAAGAUCAUAGAAAUCGACUCGUCAAAAAUUCCUAUAAUCGAGCCAAAGGUUCAACAAGUUGUUUCUAAUGAGCAACAAACAAAGAUUAACAAAACGAAUAAUCUUAGCAUCAACAUCAAUAAUAAUUCUAACAUGGACAACGAAUUCAUAAUAACUUUGAACAAUAAACUGAAAGAAAUAUCGAAGAGGUAUCAAGAUCUAUGCGAAGAAGCACUAAGAAAGCAUACAUUUAUGAUCGUAUCCUUGGAGAAGAAUUUAGAAGAAGAUCUUGACGAGUCCAAGAAUUCAGAAGUUUUAAUGCAUUUAGAAUCUUAUCGAGGUGACAAUACAUCUUUAAAGACACGUUUGGAAGAAAUGAAAUCUGCGCAAUUGGAAGCUAUUAAGGAACUCGUAAAGGAUACUUGCGAUCUUUACGACGAAUACGAUAAUUCUCGUAUGCGUAUAAAGGAACUUAAUAAUAUGUUGGAUGAACAAAAAGAUAUCCGUGAACAAUUGGCCGUACUUUCGAAUGAACUUCAGAGUGAACGAGAGAAGCACAAUGUGACGAAGGAACGUCGUUUACAGAACGAGGGCCAAUUGCAAAGGGCUCGUACGAAGAUCCGUGAUCUGGAGAACAAAAUAGCCUGCGACGAGACGAAGAUACAACAGCUGCAGACCCAGAACAAGUCUCUCGAGAAUCAACUGAAAGUAAAGGAACAGGCGAUGGAGCAACGUUUGAAGGAUAUGCAGAAAACGAUAAGGAACAGCGAGAACCUCGUUACGAAAAUGGAAAAACAGCGGGACAGCUUCGAAGCACGGCUGAUGGAACUGAAGGAAACGAUGAACAGUAAGGAAACCACUGCGGAGAAUAUCACGAAAAACAUGAACGACCAGAUGGAUGCCAUGAUUGUCGAAAUGGAUCUGGAGAAGAAAAAGAGGGAGGCUGCAGAGAACGAGUUGUCCAUGAUGCAGGAACGCUACAAGGAAUUAGAAGCAACGAGUCAAGAAAUGUGUAAACUUUUGGAACAGAGUAAAAAUUUUGCAAUAACAGGUACGUUAUUCUUAAUAUUUUAUUUUUUUUUUUUUUUUUUUUUUUUAAUUAUAUUAUUUCGUAAAAAAACUUCUCUUACGCAAGAUGGCAGUCAUACGGAAAACGAGAUUCGUCUGUUCAACGACCUAAAACUAGCACGAGAAGAACUCGAAAAACAGAAAGGAACGAUACUGAAGCUACAACAGGAGAAGGAAGAAAUCACUGCAGUGAUGCAUCAGGCGGCUAAUAAUUCGGAGGAUGAAUCUAAGGAUAAACUAGCUGCAGAACUUAUGAUCAAAUCUAAGGAAAUUCGUGAUAUCACUAUGAAGCGUAAUCACUUGCAACAAAUAACAGAAAAUCUCCAAAAACGAAAUAAGUUAUUGGAGGGACAAAUGCAGGACAUCCAAAAUCGUUUACAAGUUCAAAUAAAAGAGGGUGGGAAAGCUGCGGUUGGUGCUUACGUUAUUGAACUUCAGCAACAGAUAUCCGAUCUUCGUAAUAGUUUAACGGAGACAACAGCACAUACUGCGGAGUUAGAAACAGCUCUUACACAAAAGCAACUUGAGCUUGAACAACGUGAUCGUAUAAUGCGCGAACAAAGUAAAUUCCUUAAAGUUCGAGACGAGUUAUUGAGUCUUUUGAAAGGAAAAGAUGGGCAUGCGGAUAGAGAUAUUUCGAACGAUGACGAGGAACAUCAUAAAGACAUAGACGAAAUCAACAAACAAAUCGUUGCGAAGACAGAGGCUAUACAAGAAUUGUACGCGACUUUGGAGAACAAACAGAUGCAAGUAUUGCGCUUGGAGAAAAUCGUGAAACAAAUGGAGGAUCAUCAGGAUCAUGCUCAGGCUCAACGCACACGUUUGGAGAAUCGUAUCGCUCAGCUGGAACUGGCUCUACAGGAGAAAAACAAGGAUCAGCGGUAUGUUAGGGAACGUUCUUCGUUGUCGAUGUCGAAGUCCAACGCGACCAAAAACGAUCAUGAUCAAAGAUCCUUUUCAAAAUUAUCCCACAAUUACAAAGGAGCGUUGUUGCGCCCUAUGAUGCCACCUACUUUACAACGCUCUUUGACUUUGCACUCUUCGCCAAGGUCACUGUCAAUAGUGCGACAAGAUCAUCAUAACAGCUGUAGUUCCAAUUUGAUUCGUAAUCAGGAAACUAAAUCAAAAUUCUUCCCUUUUUCAAAAUCAGAUUCAAAAACUCGUGAACUUUUUGUUUCUAACGAGGAUAAAACUUACAUCUGCAAACGUUGUCGGCACGAGGAACAACAAUUUAAAGAACCUAUAUUCUGGCUCGCGAACAGAAAGAAUCCUAAUAAUGAAAUAAGUGAAUCUUUGUAUACUUGGCUUCUAGAUUCGACAGAACUUGAGAUCGUCAAUAAUUUACCUGAGAGAUUUAAUAGUUCCUCCUCGUAUAGUAGUUCACUAUCUUCACUCGAAGAAAAAUUGCAAUUUUCUAAUAUCGCGCAUUCUCACAUUAAACAUAAUACAAAUGAAAACGUAGACUUUACUAAUGUUAGAACAAAUCGCGAUCGUAAUCAUCGCUCUCGUCGUUCUUCUUCAAAAACAAAAUAAACUUCUUUCUCGCGUCAAAUACAGUUCGUACGUUGAUGUCUAAGAACACAUGAUCCAUUCGUUAAUGCAACAAUCGCUCUUUUGUCCAAGUCUAAAUGUUUAUUUAUUCUUUAUAAAAAUAUAUUUUCUCGUCAUUUUCUGUAAUUAAUGAUAAGUCUUCCGUUCUAUAUUAAAAUAUACUUUAUUGAAAUUAAUUUCUUGUACCAUUGCAAAAUUAAGACAUAUUACAAAAUAUAUUUAAUAUAUUAUCAGGGUGGUCUGUUUUGAUAGGCUACGUACUCCUUCUAUGUGAACUGACCGAAACCAUCACUGGCGUUAAGACAGAUUUGUUCCUUACAAAGUGCCUAGCCUUUGAAACAGACCAACUAUUAAUUUUACUUACCUGAUUUAUUAUGUUUUUGUGUUUUAGGAGUAGAGGGUUUGGCAUCCUGUAAGAAACAUUCUUGUCACCGCCAUUACUUGCUCUCUGUAGAAUUAAAAUUUUGUAAGAAUUAAAAAUACAUAUAUCAUUUGAUAUCAUUUAAGAAAUUGUAUGCAACUGUACUGAAUUUUUUUUCUGUUAAUUGAUAUGAUAGCAUAGAUAUUUUAUCUAUAAAAUACAAAUGCUAUCAUAAAAUAUAUAAUCAAUAAUGAAGUAAUUCACAUUUCUAAAAUUUAUUUAAAUUAAUUCCCUAUGAGAAUUUUAUUGUAUCACUAGAAAUUACAUUAGAUAAAAUUCUUAACUUUUGAAUCAUUU